AUGGAAGGUGAGGCAGUUGAAGCCAUCGUGGAGGAAUCGGAAACUUUUAUUAAGGGGAAAGAGAGAAAAACCUACCAGAGGCGCCGUGAAGGUGGGCAGGAGGAUGAUGCUUGUCAUCUACCAGCCAACCAAGCAGAUGGAGGGGAAGUAGUGCAGGAUGUCAACAGUGGUGUGCAGAUGGUGAUGAUGGAACAGCUGGAUCCAGCUCUUCUUCAGAUGAAGACUGAAGUCAUGGAAGGUGCAGUGCCUCAAGAAACAGAGGCUACAGUGGAUGACACGCAAAUCAUCACCCUUCAGGUUGUUAAUAUGGAAGAGCAGCCUAUAAACCUUGGUGAGCUUCAGCUGGUCCAAGUACCUGUACCAGUGACUGUACCUGUUGCCACCACAUCUGUGGAGGAACUUCAGGGAGCUUAUGAGAAUGAGGUUUCCAAAGGAGGCCUGCAAGAGGGAGAGCCCAUGAUCUGUCACACCCUUCCUUUACCAGAAGGCUUCCAGGUAGUGAAAGUGGGUGCAAAUGGUGAGGUGGAGACACUGGAACAAGGUGAACUUCAGCCACAGGAAGAUCCCAAUUGGCAAAAAGAUCCAGACUAUCAGCCACCAGCCAAAAAAACGAAGAAAAACAAAAAGAGUAAGCUUCGCUACACCGAGGAGGGCAAAGAUGUGGAUGUCUCUGUGUAUGACUUUGAAGAGGAGCAGCAGGAAGGUUUGUUGUCUGAGGUCAAUGCAGAAAAGGUGGUGGGCAACAUGAAGCCACCUAAACCAACAAAAAUUAAAAAGAAAGGUGUAAAGAAGACAUUCCAGUGUGAACUGUGCAGUUACACUUGUCCGCGCCGUUCCAACCUGGACCGCCACAUGAAGAGCCACACUGAUGAGAGGCCACACAAGUGUCAUCUCUGUGGCAGGGCUUUCCGGACGGUCACGUUGCUGAGGAACCACCUCAACACUCACACAGGUACUCGCCCUCACAAGUGCCCAGACUGUGACAUGGCCUUUGUGACCAGUGGAGAGUUGGUUCGGCACCGCCGCUACAAACACACCCACGAGAAACCCUUCAAAUGUUCCAUGUGUGAUUAUGCCAGUGUGGAGGUUAGCAAAUUGAAACGCCACAUUCGGUCUCACACCGGAGAGCGCCCGUUCCAGUGCAGCUUGUGCAGCUACGCCAGCAGGGACACCUACAAACUGAAGAGGCACAUGAGGACCCACUCUGGAGAGAAGCCAUAUGAAUGUUACAUCUGCCACGCUCGCUUCACUCAGAGUGGAACCAUGAAGAUGCACAUUCUGCAGAAGCACACGGAGAACGUGGCCAAAUUUCACUGUCCUCACUGUGAUACUGUUAUAGCCAGAAAGAGUGACUUGGGUGUCCACUUGAGGAAGCAGCAUUCCUACAUCGAGCAGGGCAAGAAGUGCCGUUACUGCGACGCCGUGUUCCACGAGCGCUACGCGCUCAUCCAGCACCAGAAGUCCCACAAGAACGAGAAGCGCUUCAAGUGUGACCAGUGUGAUUAUGCCUGCAGACAGGAGAGACACAUGGUCAUGCACAAAAGGACCCACACUGGAGAAAAGCCUUAUGCCUGUAGCCAUUGUGACAAGACCUUUCGCCAGAAGCAGCUCCUGGACAUGCACUUCAAAAGAUACCACGACCCCAACUUUGUCCCUGCUGCCUUUGUCUGCUCCAAGUGUGGCAAAACCUUCACUCGCAGGAACACAAUGGCCAGACAUGCUGAUAACUGCUCUGGCCUUGAUGGUGGGGAAGGAGAGAAUGGGGGAGAGACAAAGAAGGGCAAACGUGGCCGAAAGAGAAAGAUGAGGUCCAAGAAAGAAGACUCCUCUGACAAGGAAAAUGCUGAGCCAGAUCUGGAUGAUAAUGAAGAUGAAGAGGAGACAGCAGUAGAAAUUGAGGCUGAACCAGAAGUGGAGCCAGAGGCUCCUGCACCACCUCCCAGUAAGAAACGAAGAGGAAGACCCCCAGGCAAAGCUGCUGCCCAACCAAAACAAUCCCAACCUGCAGCCAUCAUCCAGGUUGAAGACCAGAACACUGGGGAGAUUGAAAACAUCAUAGUGGAAGUCAAGAAAGAACCUGAUGCAGAAACAGCAGAGGAGGAGGAGGAAGCUCAGCCUGCUGUGGUGGAAGCUCCCAAUGGAGACCUGACCCCUGAGAUGAUUCUCAGCAUGAUGGACCGGUGA